AUGGCUCAAUCCCCCGCAAAAGAAAUUGUGCUAGGCACAUCUGCCACCGUCUUUCCCAAUUCUCACGAAAAGAUAACUGAGCCCAAGGAUACGCCGUACUUCGUUGAAAAUGAGUUUCGGUUUUCAACCACGACGGAUUUCAUCGAUGUCCACGAUCCCGCGACAAACAACCUGGUGUCCCGGGUCCCGAAGAUGACCACAACCGAGCUAGAAGAUACGGUCACAGCUGCGGAGAAUGCGUUCCCAGUGUGGUCAAAUAUGUCUACAAUCGCCAGGCAGCAGGUCAUGUUCCGCUAUGUUGCUCUUAUUCGAGAGCAUUGGGACCGACUUGCAGCCGUGAUUACACUCGAGCAAGGCAAGACCGUUGCUGAUGCGAAGGGCGAUGUAUUGCGUGGUUUGCAGGUGGCAGAAGCUGCCUGUGCAGGCCCAGAAUACAUGAAGGGAGAAGUUCUCGAAGUCGCCAAAGAUAUGGAGACCAGGACGUAUCGGGAGCCGCUUGGCGUAGUUGCCGUCAUCUGUCCAUUCAAUUUCCCUGCUAUGAUCCCACUAUGGUGCAUUCCGAUCGCCACGAUCACCGGAAAUACAGUCGUGUUAAAGCCCUCUGAGAGAGCACCAGGUGCAGCAAUGAUUCUUAUGGAGCUGGCAGAAAAAGCGGGGUUCCCCAAGGGAGUCAUCAAUGUGGUCCAUGGCGCACACGAUACCGUGAACUUCCUACUUGAUGCUCCUGCUGUCAAGGCGAUCAGCUUUGUCGGAAGUAACAAGGCUGGCGAGUAUAUAUUUGCCAAGGGGUCUGCGAACGGCAAGCGAGUGCAAGCAAACCUUGGAGCAAAGAAUCAUGCCGUGGUGUUGCCUGAUUCGGACAAAGACUCUACCCUGGAUGCUAUCAUAGCUGCAGCAUUUGGAGCUGCCGGUCAGCGCUGCAUGGCUCUAUCUGCAGUGGUAUUCGUCGGAGAGACACAGUCCUGGCUUCCUGAACUGGUUGAGCGGGCCAAGGCCCUGAACAUGAAUGGUGGAUUUGAAUCCGAAGCCGAUCUCGGUCCAGUGGUCACACCGCAAAGUAAGACUAGGAUCGAAAGUCUGGUUGCCAGCGCGGAGACUGAAGGGGCGAAGAUCCUCUGUGACGGACGUGGAAUCAAACCCUCGAAAUAUCCGAAUGGAAACUGGGUCGCUCCAACUAUUAUCAGCGAGGUCACUCCAUCCAUGCAGUGCUACACCGAGGAAGUUUUUGGUCCCGUCUUGGUUUGUCUCCAGGUUGAUUCCCUUGAUCAGGCUAUUGAGCUUGUUAAUGAGAACCCCUACGGUAAUGGCACGGCUAUCUUCACAUCAUCGGGCAUUUCCGCUGAGCGAUUCCGGAAGAAUAUUCAGGCUGGACAAGUGGGUGUUAAUGUCCCUAUUCCUGUGCCACUCCCCAUGUUUUCUUUCACCGGAAAUAAGAAAAGUGUCGCUGGAGGGGGUGCCAAUACCUUUUAUGGACGGCCAGGUGUCAACUUUUAUACACAGUUGAAGACUGUUACUUCGAAAUGGGCAGGCCGUGAUAGCCAGCCUGUCAAAGCUACACUUUCCAUGCCUACUCAUAGCUGA